UGAUGAGGAAUUGGAGCUUUGUCUGAAGAGGAAGGACAAUCUACUGCAAAGCAAGAUACCAAUGGAGCAACAGAACUCUGUGAUUCGAGCACGCAUCACCAAAACUCAUGUCUUGAUUGAGAAGGCCCAGGAUGACUACACCAAAGCUGAGCAAACCUGUUAUGAAGAUGCACACAUGAUGAACAAAUCUGUGCUAGAAUUGGUGAAGACCGUCCAGGCAAUCUCAGACCAGCUGCAGCCAUCGAAAGACAGAAGCCAGCUCCACUACUUCUCUCAUCUACAGCUAGGCGACUACUAUGAUGUCGAGGAGAAGUUUUCUUCUGAAAUAGAUGGUUUCUUCAGAAAGCAGUUCAUGCAGCAGUUGGAGAAAUUCAGCUUCAGCUCAGACAAGGACAACAUCAAAAGCAGGUUCGAUUUACUCGGGAUCCCCAGACCAGAGAUUUCCUUGAUCCGGGGACCAUCGGAAAAUAUGACUGACACAAUCAACAAAGAAAUCCGACGAAUUUGCAACAUUUAUCCAAACAGCGAGAGGUCGUUAAUUACUGCCAAGAUCAAUCACGAGUACACAACAGCCUCUAAACGUGCUUUGGAGGUGAAGCUAACAGCGUUACGGGAGAGGAAGAUCAACUGGAUUUAUCAAGCAAAACUAAAAGAAGAUGCCAAGAAACUGCGAUCCAGUUCAAGUAUAGUUAAUCUGUUUAAGAAUGAUCUUCUGCCCCUCAUCCAGCAGAACAGAUUACGUCAAGAGAACAAGAUUUUGGAUUGUUAUUAUGGCCUGAAGUUGGCUCGGAAGGAACACUAUCUGGACCAGCUGAACCAGGUGCUGGAACAGGUCUUGUUGCAGAAAGCACGAUAUGAGUUCGUCUCCACUUGCUGCCAAGUUGAAAAUGAAAACCAGCUCAACUUGCACCAUUUGCUAACUUCGGUCUACAUGGCGCUGUCCACGAUGAAAAGCCAGAGCAAGUCUAGGCAGGCUCUCCUAGAUAACUACACCAUGGCAAAUGUAGAAGCAAAGAAUGCAUUGUCUUACAAGAACAAAUUCUUGAAAAACUUGAAAACCAUUCUCACCAGCGCUACAAUUUCUGAUGACAUUGACAACGCUGCAGAUCUACUGUACAUUGACAAUGCAAGGAUGAAAGGUGUUGCCGAGUCGCUGCACGCCACUGCAAAUAAGGUUAUCGACGACUUGCAGAAGCUCGAGCAGCAGCGUGAAAUGAAGCUGCAGAAAAUGAAUACCGUUAUUCAGAAGGGAAUUCAUCAACUUUACCAUGAAUCCCAGCACCAAGGGAUCCCUAAUACUGUACUAGUGACACCAAUGGAUGUUGACGAGACCCUUUCAAAACUGAAUGACAAUUUGGCUGUCCUGUAUAAGAAACUGGAAGGCAUUGCUCUUGAAUUUAAAACCAGAAAGGUCCGUUGCAAAGCAGAUCCCUUUCUGGAACAGGAGAGAGAGCUGUUUGUGUAUUUCCACACAAACCCGACCAAGCUGGAGCAGUGUGUCAAGACAGUGGAAUCACGAGUGGAAGCCAAAAAGAUAGCCCAGUAAAAUGUUUGACCUUUGACCUCUGCGUGCAUUGGCAUAGCAGGGGAUCGCGCGAGGUCAGGUGAAGAUGUUGACCGAAAUCAAAUUUCAAGGAAUCGUCUUUUCGGUGUCUUGUAUAUGUAUGUGUGUGUGUGUACGUGUACAUGUUUGUAUGUGUAUAUGUAUGAGUGUGUGCAUGUUCUUAUACACAUGUAUGUGUAUGUUUAUGUAUAUACGAGUAUGUAUGUGU